CAACCCUAUCUGAAAUUUUGCAAAACGCGAAAUUCUUUUUGUUGGACAAUUUGGAGGGCGAUUUGCAGCAAAGUAGGGGCAAAUCGAAGUGCAAUAAGCCAAACUAGUUCAACUUGCUCAUUGGAUGAUCCAUUUAGGAGGGUCCUGCAGUCAGCAAGGUCCAAAAACACGGUCGGCAAGAAAGUCAGCCGGCAGACCAGACGCAGACGCUUUUUUCGAGCGAGCCAAUUUUGCAGACGUGAGCAGGAGAUAGGAGUGCGUGAGUUGGGGGUUAAAUCCAAAUGCAUAUAGAUACCUGACCCGGGGGAACACUAUAUGUCGUUGCAACCGAUCCAAUCAGAUCCCCGAUCCGACCGGCAAAGUGACAUGGACUUGAAAGUCAGUUUGGAAGAGUUGAGCAGCGAUGAAUACAGUCAAGGCGAUGACGACGAUUUGAUGAAUGUGGCUGUCAUUAAACAACAGAGUCCAACUCCCAGCCGGCCUAUAGUCAAAUCCUCUGAAGUUUCAGGAAACGGAGAAGUAGGACAGAAGAAAACUGUCCUGGAAAUUCAGCGUCCACCUAUCAGUAGGGAAGAGACUUUUCGUCGCAUUCGGCUUCUACGCGAACAGCAUAAUCUAAGCGCGCGUCCGUAUCUCUACUUCAAACGCCGCAGCAUUAAAUGGUCGAGGACCAAGGCCAAGAACUACAAUACGUAUUUAGAAGGUCUAAAGAUUGUGAUUCCAUUAAGUAACUUCGCAAAGAUAUUCGAAAGGAUUAUAAAGAAAAAUAGAAAACACUGCAGAAGCAGAAGUAUGACUCGCAGCUACAGCCGAUCCCUCAGUCGCAGUCGCAGUCGCAGCUGCAGUCGAAGCCAGAGUCUCAGCCGAAGCCGCAGUCGUAGUCCCCACAGCGCCAGCCAGUCUCCAGACCUCAUAUGCCUCGAUGACACUGAGAAUGAAGAGUCACCUGAAAAAUUCGAUCCACCUCCGAGGGUGGUGGUGACGCCUGAAAAAGAAUUCAAGACUGGGGUCAUUGCGCCCCCAACUCAUUUUGAGCCUCGCGAAAAACCCAAGGCACCCCCAGUUCAUACCGAGAACGGUUCCUCCGGUCUGGAGGAGUUCCUCAUGCUGAAGGACUCAAAUGCAAUACCCAAACAAGCGUUCGUUGGUGAAAAUGAUUAUGAACUGGCUAAUAUUUCUGCCUCUUUGGAGCUUCAACAGGAAGUGGUCAAUAGGAGUCCGAUUCAAGAGUCGUUACACAGAGAACAGGAAGAGGACAUUUUAAUGGAAGUGGAUGGCCCAAUGAAACGACGACGAUCAGUGACUCCCCCGGAAAAUGCCAUUGAAAAGCGUUCUAAGCCAGAUUCUACCGAGACUUUGGAAGAAGAUGAUUCAUCAAUUCAUUUUCUGACAGUUCCGGAAGAUGAUGCCGUUAUGGAAGCGGACCAACAAGAGCCUCAGAUGCUUCACAAAGAGUCUGUUGCUCCGGCAUCUAAUUCAGAUCCUACUACGCAGCAAAGACAGCCUGGUUUUAAGCUAAGCUCGCCCUAUUCAUUGACGGUGCCCGAUUCAAAUGACCAGGCAGUUAACCUGGCAGCGCCAUCCUACAGCUUGGAUACACCUACUCCGACGGCAGUACCAAUGGAAAUUUAUUAUCCGCAAAAACUGACAAAGAUUACAUCCCACCAGGGAGGACCGCCUCAUGUUAAUAUAGCUCAAGCUCAGCAUCCUGCUUAUUCUUAUCCCAAGACUCAUUCUCCAAAGGUAGCCCCAUCCCAACCAGUGGUUCCUUCUUUGAAGACCCCUUAUCCACAAAAAACGGUUCUUGCACAGAAGGUUAUGGCACCGGCUGCAGUCCACCAGGUCGCUACUCCUAUUCAGGAGGUCGCUGCUGCAGAUCAUCAUGCAGUGGAUCCAUCACAUUACAUAGUUCACACACAACAUGUAGCUUCUUCGCCACACUUGACACUUCCUCCAGCUUCUCCGCAGCUGGCUCCAAAACAACACCCAACUCUGGCUGCUAAUCCAUCCAACUUUGUGGCUCCUCAGCAACCACGCCGCUCGGAGACGGUAUCAACUCAGACGCAGGAACCUGAACAAUCGCUUCCUCGCCAAAAGACCAGCAUUGAUCUCAAUAACAGCGACGCCAACUUUCACCAACGGGUGAAGGAGCUCUACACCGAAAUGGACUCGAUCAUAAAGGACAAGGUAAAGACGGUACCCCCCGACUUUUGUUCUUAUUCUGAUGAGCGGGAGCGCGUUGAAGCUGAUUUGAAAACGCUGGAUAAGCUAAUAGCUCAAAAAGAGGAUGAAUACAACCGGCUUUUGCAUUUACGAUGCGUUAAAGAAGAGCUGCGGGGAAGACUGGAGCGUAAGCAAAUAGUGUCGGUAAUCAAGGACAUGUUACCUCCACUUUUGUCAAAGUCAUGCAGCACCGUGGAGCUUCAAGAGAUCCAUUCGAUGCUUUUAGAAGAAGAAACGGCGCCGAUACCAUCUAAAAAUGGACCCUCGGCCAUUGAGCGCUGCUUAACCAGCAUGGAGCAAAACCAGACUACUAUCCGACUGCUUAAAGGAGUCCUAGGGAUAAAGCAACAAGAUCCGCCGAUUCCUCUUCGCCAAUUUGAGGAACAAAACUUGUAUCAGCUCAAAAGAAAUUCGUUGCCGGGUCGCCAAGUCCGAAGUCGAGACCUUCGGGAAAUGGAGGAAGAUCCUCCAAGGAAUUCACGGGAGCAAAGCAGCGAAAUGCCUCCAGCUAAAAAGCGGGCCAAGCUUGAUAGAUUCCCACCUGAGAUGACGAACUCAAUGCCAAAUCUGUCCCAUUCUUCCUAUCUCAACAAUAAGCUUCAGUCUAAAGGAAAGGCUCCAGUGCAGAGUCAGAGCUCUUUGGAUACCCAUUAUUUUGAAAAUGAAUCGACGCUCAAACCUCUUUUCAACAGCAGUCCUAUGGUUAAUCGCCAAACUCUCAUAGGACAACCGUGCUUCGACUUAUAUUCCUCCUAUCGUAAUGACGGUGAUUUAAGCCGGACUAACGUGGCAAAGUCACAGAUUUCGCGACGUAGAGUCGAGAGCACUGCCACCAUGAAUGGCACCGAUGUUAAGUCCUGCAGCUACUGUGGUAGCCCCGAAGGUGUCUUUAAGUGCCCCAGAUGCCAGAAUCAAUCUUACUGCAGCCGUGAGUGCCAGAUGCGCGACUGGAACUCGCACUGGGAAACGUGUGGAAAGUAGAUGGGCCCUAGGAGAUCAGCAUUACUAUAUCUUUAAACUAUAACUACACACUAAGCGUAUCGUAUUAUAUCGCAUAUGCCCAGACUUCAUUAAUCAAAUUCAUAGAGUCACUCAUGAUGAUGAAGUAUAAUUUGUACUCAUCCCAGAAAUAAAUCAAAUACUUCAAGAUCGUAAGAAAUGUCAAUAAUAAGUUUAUACGUUUAUUUUUUAAGAAAACUGAA